AUGCAAUGUUUCAACAAGUCCAUGGCCCUUCUUUUCUUCCUUGGCUUUUGUUCUCCCCGCUCCAUCAUUGCCCAGCCAUCCUCUGUACCUGUAGUUCCUCCCCCAAAGUUUAACCCAAAUUUUUGGAUCAUUUCCACUAUGCAAAGAGUUGAAAGUAGUAGUAACACAUCUAUAGGUCAAGGGGACACUACUUUUCUUCCCGUUCUUCACAAUAGUGGGUUCUCGUAUGGAACUUAUUUUGGCUUCUAUACCAUGGAUAGCCAUUCAUUCAUUCUCGUCAUAGCGCUCUCGGGGCCUCAAGGUCCCAUCGUCUGGUCUGCCAACCCGGACAAUCCUGUAAGCCCGAGCGCCAUCUUGACCUUCACCGCGGAAGGGGAUUUGCUGCUCCAAGAUAGUGGCACAUUUAUAUGGUCCACAGCCACCAAGAACAAGUCAGUUGCAGGAAUGAGGCUCGAUCUUUCAGGAAACCUUGUGCUUUUUGAUCAGAAUAGUUCCUUAGUCUGGCAGUCUUUCGACCACCCAACGGAUACUUUGGUCAUGGGGCAGUCACUUUGCAGUGGAACGAAGCUUCGCGCCAAGCUCUCAAGCCAAAAAUGGUCGUCUUCCAGGUUCUAUCUAUCGGCAGAGUUGAAUGGGCUGCGGCACUAUUUCGAACCAGCAGCUUACACACAGCUGUUCCAGUCAACAGCAACAUCGACUCCUACUAAAUCAUCAGCUUGUUACGCGUUUGCCAAUGGCAGCUUUGGGUUCCCAGAUAAGAUCUUCUCACUACCGUCAGCAAGUUCUUUGCAAUUCAUGAGGUUAGAGUCUGACGGGCACUUGAGGCUUUAUGAGAUGCAGGAACAAAACUCACCGCGGAUGUUGUUAGAUGUAUUAAGCACAGUGGUUGCCUUCUGUGAUUACCCGCUGGCCUGCGGUGAUUAUGGCGUUUGCAACAGUGGGCAAUGUUCGUGUCCUAGUUUCAGCACUUUCAGGUUCCAAAAUGAACGGCUUCCAGGUUCUGGAUGCAUACCCUUAUCAGGCAUCUCCUGCGAACACGCUCAUGACCACAAGCUCAUACCACUGAACAACAUUUCUUACUUCAGUCACAGUUCCUUUUCAAAACUGGCUGCUUCAGGCUAUUCAGAAUAUGAUUGCAAGCAGUCUUGUCUAAUGAACUGCUCUUGCCAGAUGAUUCAUCAAAUCAGUUUUCAGCAUUUGUAA